ACCCUGAUAGGCCGCAGCCUAUCACCUCAUGCCACACAUGUCAUUUGCUUCUGUCGUCUGUCAAAACAGUUUAAAUUUCCCAAAAAUUAAGCGAAACAAAUACAGUAAAAUGCGGCAGUAACUAACACGUAACUACAACAAAAACUCGGUUUUAAUAAUUAAAAACAAGAAACAACCACGAUGCCAACACAACAAAGAACACAAGGUGACAAUGCGAUUCAAUGUUUUCAAGUAUCAUCCUCAUCGGACAUUUAUAAUCGCCCUUUCCUGUCCCCGUAUCAGAUCAGGGGUAGACCCAGCUACCGUAGAUCCUUUAACAUUACCCAUAGUAGCCCCAAUAUGAACCACAACCACGAAAAUCCCGUCCGAAAACCAAAUGCUGCAAUUUCAACAAGAGUGGCACUCAUCUCCGUGCUUAUAAUCUUCAUCGGCUCGCUGUUCGCCCUGUUUUUAGUGUACAAGACAUUCCCAAAAGUGACAGACGAGGAGCGCCAAUUCAUCAAACUCCCAUGGAACAUAGAAGACGCCAAACAGCUAGGAAUCGUUCUAAGUCGGUACAAAACAGACCACUACUUUCAAGUGAUGACAGGAGUUUUCAUAACCUACAUUUUCUUACAAACUUUCGCCAUCCCAGGAUCGUUGUUUUUGUCGGUCCUGUCGGGUUUCCUUUUCCCGUUCACCAUCGCGCUGAUCCUGGUGUGCACGUGCUCGGCACUAGGAGCCUCCCUCUGCUUCUUACUCUCUCAACUCUUGGGAAGAAAACUAGUCCUCAAGUAUUACCCCGAAAAGGCGCAGGCUUGGGCGCACCAAGUCGACAAGCACCGUGAUAACUUAUUUAAUUACGUGUUAUUCUUAAGGAUAACGCCGUUUUUGCCCAACUGGUUUAUAAAUUUGACGGCACCUGUGAUCGGUGUCCCGUUGGUGCCUUUCGCUGUUGGAACCUUCUUUGGAGUGGCGCCGCCGUCGUUUGUCGCUAUUCAAGGGGGGCAGACGCUGCAGAAUUUAACGGCGGACGAUUUUGCCAUCAGCGCUGGAUCUCUGACGUGGUUGGCGGUGUGCGGGGUGGUGCCACUGGUGCCCGUUAUUUUCAAAGGCUGGUUUAAGGAGAAACUUGAGUAAUGAAAGUAUUUAUGUUCCGUUAAAUUCAUUCCUGACUUUUGUACACGUGUAGUCUGACCAGGCACAGGCUCAAGAAUUGUAUAUCAUUUUGGAGAGAAAUAAAGUUGUUUGUUAAAA